AUGAAGUACUCUUUCGUCGUUGGCGCGGCCUCGCUGGCUCUCGUCUAUGCUGCACCAGCCUACGUCGACAACUCCAACUCCUGGGAGAAGUCGGGCUCUGCCGGAUACCACAAGAACGUCGGUGGUCCAGACAGCUAUGGUCAGGGCUCUGUUUACGGUCAUGGCCAGGGCGGCGUUGCUGUGAGCCCUGUGUCGGGUGGUGCGGGUGCGGGCGCUGGAGCUGGCGGUUCGUUUGGGGCUGGGGCGAAUGUGGGAGCUGGAGCAGGUCUUGGUGGAGGUGUGAAGGGUGGCGCUGGAGGUGGCAUCAUGGGUGGGCUGGGUCUUGGCGGCGGCUUGGGUGGUGGUCUUGGUGGUCUCCUCUCUCCAGUCACCGGCCUUCUCGGUCUUGGUGGAAAGGCCGGAGGAGGGGCUGGCUUCAACGCUGGUGGCAACUUCAACGGAAACGUCGGCGUCGGUUCAGGCCUAGGAUCGGGUGUCGGCGCAGGGGCUGGAGGUGGCGCGGGCUUUAACUUCGGAGCCGGUGCAGGAGCAGGCGUUCAGGGCCGUGGCAACAGUGGCUACAACAAUGGUUACAAUGGCCAUGGAGGUGCCGGUGGCGACAUUCACGGCGGUGCAGGCAUUGGCGCUGGGCUUGGUGGUGGCGUGGGGGCAGGUCUUGGCGGCUCGGGUCGAGGUGAGGGAGGCGUUGCAGUCUCCCCAGUCAAUGGAGGACGUCCAGGGUACGGGAAUGGCCAGUCAGGCAUCGGUGGAUCCAUCGGGGGAGGAGCUCACGGUGGUAUCGGCUUUGGCUGGUCUGGCAAAGGACACGCUGCUGGUAACAACAAUGGUUACGGCUCAGGAGGCGCUGUCGUGUCUCCAGUUGGUGGCAGCCGCCCAGGUCAAUCAGGCAUUGGAGGAUCCAUUGGGGGCGGUGCUCAUGGUGGUAUUGGAGCUGGAUGGGGUGGAAAAGAUCACCCCUCUGGUAACAACAAUGGCUACGGCUCGGGGGGUGUGAUCGUCAGCCCAACUCCAGGCCAAGGUGGAUACAAGCCACAAGGCCCCGGCGGCGUCCGCCCACCACCAGCUGGAUGCUACCCCGGAAGCACCCACCCAGGCUGCCAGCAGACUCCAGGCCAACAUCAGCCAGGCCAGAACCAGCCGGGACGUACCCCAACCAGCCCAGUCGGCAACGGACCAUCCGGAUCAGGCCCAAAGCCAGUCGGCUACGGCAGCUCAGGCCACUCUGACGAAUGCCAAGGCGAGGACUGCGAUGAGAACGGCAACACCGAGACCAGCCCAGUACCAGGCAAAACUCCUGGUGACUCUAAAGAGCACCCAUCUCCAAAGCCAUACGGCGACAACAACGGCAAGGGUGAUGAGGGUAAACCCGAAACCAGCCCCACCUCAGGCCAGAAGCCAGGCCAGAACGGCGGCAGCAAGAGCCCAGCUCCUCCAUCGUACGGUGGCAAGGGCAACUAA